CCGAGCAUCAUAAUUGCAAAUAUAAUGCGCAUCAAAGUCAAUCCGAUCUCGAACUCCGAAUCACAUUCCGAGGCGUGAUUCGAAAGCUCAUGCAAAUCGAUCAUCGUCUUCAUGCAAAUAGAAGGAAACAGAAUGGCCACACAUGUUGAAGAAUUUUGUUUCCAAGCCCGAGCCCUACGAAAGAAAUUAGCGGCAAAAGGGCAGAGGCGAGAGCAUUGAUGCAUCAAUGGCGUCAGCGGGCGAGAAAGAAAUACGACUUCUCAGACAGGAAUGUGCUUCGGAUUUUAGACACAAAUUGAACGCGGGCUACUCUAGUCGGACGUUCGUUCAAGGGACAGAAGAAGAAGAAGCAAAGGAUUGGAUUGUAUGGAGUCGAGUAGCGAAAAGGAGACGGAGAGGAGGACCUACAUGUCGAUACUUUGCUUGACAGACAUGAGGUGCACCGGAACAACAAGCGAGCCGGCCGGCCAGCCAGCCGGCCGCUUUGAUUCAUCGAGGGUACGUUAAAAUUCUCGGUUCUCGCAAUGCUUGCAGACAUCAUCAAAUUUGAUCCGAACCGCGGUUGUGGACAAAGAGCGGAAACAUUAUUCUGCUGAAGAAGAAGGAGAAGAAGAAGGUUUGAGGCGUCGUGGCAACCCUAAUUGGCCGAGACAAGAGUCUAUGGACGAGUCAAAAGAUCGACUCUCGAAGUCAGCUGCGACGAGGAUCAUCAAAAAUUAGUCGAGUCACACCUGAUCAAGUCCACUCAUCUCCAAGUGGCAAACAAAUGGAAGAAGGUCAUUUUCUAUCAAGAGAUCGCCCACCAUAUCCACUCUACCGAUCGAGUUCUCCAAACGGACUUCCUAUUCCUGGGGAGGAUUAGACUGCUCUAACUUGUCGACAGGACUUUCAACUCGGAAGUUCGUGAGUAUGUUAGAAAUACGGUUUUGGUUCCCAAUUUCUCGCUAAGAAGCUAAAACUGUGUUGGCCCUAGACGGGUAAAGUCGUAUCGUCUUGUGGAUUGAUUUUCAGAUGCAGAGUAUGGCUAUUUGUUACACAUUUGUGGAGACAUUGCGUAUUGCAGGGGUGAGUCCAUAUUCGGGCCAUACAAGAGAGAUAUCAACCCAUGAGAUGUGCUGGAUUCGACCCACCCAUAUAUCAUAUCAUAAUCCCUCCCAACCUGCGGUCGCAAGGGUUACUUACCACUAGACCGUAUCUCGAUUCGAUGAGAUCGGAAAGUACGCGUGAAUAUAAAACUGGAGGAAGAUGGAAGGAAGGAAGGGAACAACAGGGAUCAUGCAGAAAUUGGCAACUCACAGCCAUUGUGUAUGCUCGAGGUGCUGCUGUCUGUCAUAAACAAAAGACGAGAUAUAGUAUUCUAAGAAUUCGGUAUUUGUUUAUACGCAAGCGACGUUGUACUCUGUAUGCUGUAUGUCUUCAGCAGGGACAGAAGAUCAGAAAGUACGUUCCAGUCAAAAAGCAAAAGGGAGAGCUUGGGCAGGCAGGCAGGCAGGCAGGCAAGAAGAAUCAAGGAUCGUGCCGGAAACCAAACCCGGAAGGCUCAUAAUCCAGCAAUUAUGACUGUAGAAAAAAAACGAAUGAAUGAAUGAAAAAAGAAUAGUUUAAUACGAGGGACGGCCGAUCCUACUCAUACAUACGAUAGAUGUCCAUAUGGCGUGAGACACAAAGACCAUGGUCUACGUAUGAGUCAAAAACCUUUAGCAGACAAGGGGAAUCCAUGACCAUGGAAGGGCACUGGUACUACGUCACAAAGGUCAUCAAAGUUAAGGGUGGGGCUUGUACAUAGUACAGAUACUGCAUGUCUUUUCCGGUGUGGGGAAUAUUUGCUCGUUGGAUCAAUUAUUCGGCCCAGGCAGGCACCAGGCCACAGGCAACAACAGCCAGCACCAGGACCCGACUUGUAGAUGGAUGGAUCGAUGGAUCGAUGGAUAGAUAAAUCAAUAGAUAGAUAGAUAGAUAGAUAGAUAGAUAGAGAGAGAAUAGAGAUCGCUUUGCCGAUUGGCACCACCACUAUUGCAACCUUUUCUAUUCUUUUCUAUUCUAUCGAGCCCUUGUAU